GUCACGGUGAAGUUGUCUCCUUCUAUAUAACAUCGGACGAAUCUGGGAUUUGUAAAAAAUAAGGGACUUGACACCGAUCUUUGUUGGGUCUCGCUCGAAACCUUCCUCUUCGUUUGCAUAAGGAAAGUGAGGUAAUGGCGGGAGGAGGAAACUUCAUUGCCAGAGGUAUUUCGUACGUUGCGAACGAGUUCAUAGUUAAUGGUUUGGCUAACAGCCAUGCGUUCCAGAGAUUUGCUGUGAGGACUUCAAAGAGAAUAGAAAACCUCUCUAAAAUGGCCGCAGAGAGCAAGGAGAAAGUUGCUCAGCAGAUGGAAGAAGUCGCCAAGAACAUUGAUUCCAUGAAGAAACAGUGAUUAUUCUCUUGGGGAAUCUUAUAAUUGCAUGGCUCAGCUCAAGUAGAGAGGUCUAUUUAUCUUUGUAUAAAGGAUGUUAAAAAGUAAUAAGCGUGUGGGUUAAACAACCAGUGAUCUUUUGAUGCUCUUUCUCUUCUUUUAAAUCCAACUUGACCGGAGUGACUGACCCUUAUAUAUGAAGUUCUGUCAAGGAAUUUCUGUCGUCGUAUGCCUCUAUUUAUUUGUAGAGCUCAUUUAUUGAUUCUUUAUGUUUUGGGCUGGCUUUGAA